AUGCCACAAGAAGGGGCACGAACUUGGGCACUCGCUGCCUUUUUUUUUCAAAAUCUUUGCACACCUGAUCCUCAGCACAUCAAGACCACUGUGCUCCAUGCUCUUGAAGACGAGUCUGCACUGGUUGGCAAUGUCGCUGGUGAAGCUAUUAGCACCAUCUUUGGAAUCCUAGACUGGCCGGAGUGUUUACCUAAAUUAGUGAAAAUAUUGGAGAUGUCUGAUCUCAAUAAACAAGGAGCCGCCCUCAACACAUUCAAAAACAUGUGCGAGAAUCAUCUGCAAAAACUUGAUGUAGACAUCAGUGGAAAUCGACCUCUCGACUUGAUGAUCCCCAGAUUUCUCUCCUUCACGGACCACCCAUCAGUUGAAAUGUGUGCUCAUUCAAUCGCUUGUCUUGCAUACCUUGUUCCUGCUGAUUGUCACUCUCUUUCCAUUCAUGUUGAUUCAUUCAUCAAUUGCUUGCUCAAAUGCUUUUCCGACAAUGACCCCGCUGUUUGUUGGCAUUACAUGCUUAACGCCACAAAAGAUAAAAAUGUCGCGCUUGAAGCAUGUGAAUUCUUUUUCAUCUUUGCUGGAAACGUAGAGCACGCACUUGUCACAAAGCGGCAGAGGCGGACACCAUUUCUACGGUCUCUGCUUAGCAAGAUUGCCCUUGCAUUGUUAGAUUGCAUGAUCUACAGCGAGGAUGAACUUCUGUGGCUUGACGACGACAAAGAUCUCAACAUUCCUGACACCGAGCCAAAUAGGGAGGGGCCGAUUGGAUCCGAUGACGCUGGGUUUGUAGAGACAAUGGCUGCUGAAUGGAGCGUUCGAAAGUGCGCUGCAUCUGUGCUUGAUGUCCUCGCUGUCAGGUUCAAAGGAGAAUUAUUCAAUGUUUUGUUGGAACCUUUGAAAGAGAAGCUAUGGUGUAAUGACUGGCUUCAACAGGAGAGUGCCAUUCUUGCAGUUGGUGCUACCGCUGAGGGAUGUCAUGAAGUUAUGGAGCUUCAUUUACCAAAUCUUAUUCCGUACCUCAUCGAUAGCCUCAAUGAUUCGAAGCCCCUUGUCCGGUCAAUCACUUGCUGGACAUUAGGCCGUUUGUCAAGUUGGAUCACAAAACCGAUAUCAGAUGAACUUAAUGGUAGUUAUCUUUCACCUACCCUUGAGCAACUCCUUUGUGUGGUCCUUGAUGAUAACAAACAAGUUCAGAUAGCAGGCUGCUCUGCAUUCAAAACCCUGGCAGAAAAUGCUGGAAUGGAACUUACACCAUAUCUUGACCGGGUUUUGCGCAAUCUAGUUGCUGCCUUGAAUAAGUACUCCCAAAAGAAUAUGCCAAUGCUAUAUGAUAGUAUUGGUGUAUUAGCUGACGCCGUUGGGCACGAACUAUCUAACACUGGCUAUGUUGAAGUCUUAUUGCCUCCACUCAUUGAUCAUUGCAUGAGAUUGGGGGACACCGAUAUCAACUUGAGGGCAUUAUUCCAGUGUCUAAUUUGUGUGACAACCACUUUGGGUGAUGCAUUUCUCCCAUAUGCAUCUCUAGUCGUCGAGAGAUGUUACUUAAUUCUACACAAAUUGUUCCUCCGGUAUCAAAGAUCUCAGGAAAAACCCAAUGUCGAAGAAUCAGACCAAUUAAUUCUCGUCCUUGCUAACAUUGGCAUGGCGCUCGAGGUCCUGAUCAAGCAUAGUCCAAAUUUGUUAACUCUAGUCACUGCUUGUUUCAAGCAUCACCAUGCUCCAGUUGUACAGUCGGCGUAUACUUUCGUUGGCAAUAUGGCUAUGUCUUGCUUUGACAUCUUGAGGCCCUUUAUGCCUGACAUCAUGUCGGAAUUGGUGUUGCAGUUGACCCCGGAGCCAAAAAUAAACUUUGUUGGUGCAUCAAAUAAUGCGUUGUGGUCAAUCGGAGAAGUUUUGUUACAAUAUGGACAAAACAAUGCUGAAUUUCAACAAUGGGUGAACCCACUGAUAUCGAGGUUGAUCUUGAUCCUUCGCUAUCUAAAUUCACCUCAAAGCAUUGAUGAGAAUGCUGCUAUAUUACAAGUCCGAAAUGACAUGCGCAUUGGGCUCAUGCAUCCGAGCAUUGUUGCCCCACACUUGUCUGAAUUUUCAGAAGCUUGGUGUCAUGCACUAUGUCAAAGCCAGGAAGGCGAGGAAAAGGAUUCGGCAUUCCGUGGGCUUUGUGCAAUGGUACAAGUAAACCCCGCUGGAAUUGAAAAUAGUUUGAUCCCAUUCUGCGAUUCUAUGAUCAAAUGGCAACAACCAUCGCGGGAGCUCAGUGAUAUGUUUCGAGCUGUGUUACAUGACCUCAAGAAGCACGAUGCAGUCAGUUGGUCUGUUGCAUUUUCAGCGUUUUCUCCCAUCACUCAAGAAGAACUCGCUACACGAUACGGAGCCUAA